GCCUUCCCUCUCCCUCUCCACCCCUAUCCGCACGCAUGGCCAAGAAGAAAAAGGCGGCGCUCAAGCCGAACCCGGCGCGUGGGUUCGCCACCACCUCGGUGCCCAGCAAGCGGCCCGAGCCGGCGCCUGAGCCGGAGCCUGCACCUGCAGCAGCAGCCGCCGAGGCGCCAACGCAGGAUGCCAAUGCGCCGCACACUGCGCGGCCUGGCGCCGCAGAGGAGUGGGACCCGGCUAGCGCGGAGGAGAUGGCGCUGCAGAGCAUUGUAGAGCGCGUAUGGGAGCGCGCUGAGAAGGAGACGAGCCGGAACUGGAAGGUCAUCGAGUUCGACCGGCGGCUCGCGUCCUCGCUGCCCUCGUUCGCGAUGGAAAUCCCACUGCGGGAUCGCAUCUUGGCGCUGGCGCCGCAGCCAAGCUCCUCAGCAACGCCCGACGUCUCGUUCGCCUCGCUCUACCCCGCGCUCGGACCGUCCUCCCUGCCGAUGGCGCUGCUCGCACGCGCUCUGACCGCGCACGCUCUGCUCUUGCGGCUCGGCUUCAACGCAGCACAAGCUGAUGAGGCGCUACGGGUCGCUGGCGUCGACGUCGAGGAGGCAGCGGCGUAUCUCUACGCCACGUUGCCCGACGACGAAGCCGACGCUUCACGGGCACGCUGCAACCGCGGCGAGCGGGACGAGACGGCCGAGGACACGACACUGCCGCCACAGCACCCAGGCUACACAUUCGAGCGCACAGUGCCCACGCGAGCCGCUGCACCAGCGCCUCGCGUGCCAGCGGCAGCUGCUGCGUUGCUCGAACUCUCGCCAGGCGAACUGGCAGUGCGGCGCGAGGCAUUGCGCGUUAAGCUGCGCGAGAUCACUGCGCUGGUGACCGAGCUGAGCAGCGCGUGGGAAGGCGUCGAGCCGCUUGAGGAUCCCAAUGGCUCCUGGGGCCGCGCUCGCGCCGGCAUCGUGCGCAUCGACCGCACGUCCGCACAGCUGGCCAAGGCCAAGGUGGCCGCCAACGAGAGCGAGGCGCAGCCGGCGCUGCGUGCCGAAGUGGCAGACGCAGAGAAGAGGCUCGUCGCGAUCAAGGCCGAGGUAGAGAGCGUGCGGGAGCAAGCAGGGAGAGGCAAGUGGUUCGACAAGAAGGCUGGCGAAGAGGCUUUCCGCGCAGAAGUGGCGCGCGUCGAACUGCUGGAGAAGGAGAAGGAGGAGAAGCGGAAGCUGGAGAAGGCGGACCUGGAGGAUGGGAGCGUCGACGAAGAGAGCUCCACGCCCGCCGCUUCGGCAGCCUCAACCGCUGCGCCGGAAGAAGCCACGCCGCAGAGCACUGCACCACCAUCAGCUGCGCCCUCAGGCGCACCCUCAGAAGCAGGCGAUGCCGCAUCAGACGACGACGCACCGAUGUUCGGCGACAUGCUCGAUGAGGCGCCAACCGAGCAAACGGACGAAGCGACAGGAGAGCUCAUCACCGUCUAUCCGCUGCCUGCUGCGGCACUGCGAGGCGGAGGAGGAGGCAAGAUGCCGCGCGCGCUGCUCGGCGAGGCAUUGAGGCGCAUCGACCCGGCUUCUUCGGCGCGCUUUGAGCAGCUCGGUGGGCGCAGCGUCUGUCGAUCCCGCUUGCAUCUGCGUUGGACCCCGCCAGGCGCGCAAAAGGCAGUGCUGGACGUCUUCACUCUCACGACACUCGCUGCCGGCUCGCCAAGCGCUGCAGACGAGCUGCUGGCCGUGCUGGCGCUCAGCUGCAUCGAGCGCGAGCGACACGUUGAGCGCGGUCUCGGCAAGGGCUGGCGCGAGUGGUGGGAUGAGCUGGAGGUCGCUCGUGCUUCUGAGCGCGAUGCGCGUCGGCGCACACAUGUUGCGCGCAUCGGCGAGCUCGUGGCUCCCCGACUGGAGGAGGAGCGCAAGAAGGACGAGGAGAAGGCACGCCUCAAGCGCGAGAAGGCUGCUGCUGCUGCGAGCAGUGGCGGCCUGGUCAGUCACGCCGACGUAGAUGGCAGCGGCGCUGUUACGCCUGCGGAAGAGCAGCGAGACGUCCAAGCGCCGGCUCCCGGGAGGGUGUACAGCGAGGAAGAGGCGGAAGCUGUGCGCGCGAUGUGGCAGCGGAGGACGAGUGAGCAGCGGUAUGCUGCCAUGCUGCCUGGGCGACAAGGCUUGCCAAUCGCCAACUUCAAGGAGCACAUCCUCGAGAUCAUGGCCAACAACCAGAUCUUUGUGCUGUCCGGCGAGACGGGCUGCGGCAAGUCGACGCAGGUGCCAGCGUACAUCGUCGAGUCGUGUCUCUCUCAAGGCCUGCCCUGCCGCGUCUACGUGACGGAGCCGCGCCGCAUCAGCGCCAUCUCGCUCGCCGAGCGUGUCUCGCAAGAGCUGGGGGAGGCGCCGGGUGUCGUUGGCUCCGACUCGUCGCUUGUUGGAAGCGGCGUGCGAUUGGAGAGCAAGAUCGGAAAGAACGCUCGCCUCGUAUACGCCACGACCGGUAUCGUGCUGCGCAUGCUCGAAGGCGGGCGGCUCGAGGGCAUUACUCACAUCAUUCUCGACGAGGUGCACGAGCGCUCCAUCGAGUCGGACUUCCUGCUCAUCAUCCUCAAGAGUCUCAUGGAGGUGCGCAAGGAUCUCAAGGUCAUUCUCAUGUCUGCCACGCUCGACGCCGAGCGCAUCAGCGCCUACUUCGGCGGCUGUCCUACCGUCUCUGUGCCCGGCCGCACCUUCCCGGUCGACGUGCGCUACCUCGAGGAUGCGGUGGAGCUGUGCGAUUACAUCGUCGAGGACGGCUCGCCGUAUGCGCGCCGCCCCAAGCGCUGGAACUCGAGAAAGGCAGACGCGCCCGGCAAUCGCGCCAAGCUGGCGUCGACGGAGGAGGACGAUGCGCCAGACCCGGACGACGAUGAAGACGAUGAGCGAGAUGGACCUGCGUCGAGCGGCCUCGGCAAGGAGGCUGUCAAGCGCUACCAGCCCAAGACGAUCUCGACGCUCGACCGGCUCGACGAGAACGUGAUCCAGCACGAGCUGAUCGUCUCCCUCAUCGAGCGCGUCUGUCUGCAAGACGCCGAGCUGCAGGCUUACUCUGCAGCCAUCCUUGUCUUCCUGCCGGGUAUCGCCGACAUUCGCAAGCUCAACGACAUCCUGCAGGCGCACCGCGUCUUCGGCUCGCAGGCAUUCCGCAUCUUCCCGCUGCACUCGACGAUCUCGAGUGAGGACCAGGGCAGUGUGUUUGCGCUGCCACCAAAGGGCGUGCGCAAGAUCGUCAUCGCAACGAACAUUGCCGAGACGGGAAUCACGAUCCCCGAUAUCACCUGCGUCAUCGACAGCGGCAAGCACCGUGAGAUGCGCUUCGACGAGAAGCGACAGCUCAGCCGGCUGGUCGAGUGCUUCGUCGCGAAGAGCAAUGCCAAGCAGCGACGAGGACGUGCAGGCCGUGUGCAGAAGGGCCUCUGCUUCCAUCUGUUCACCAAGGUCCGCCACGACUCCUACUUCGCCGACCACCCGCUGCCAGAGAUCCUGCGUCUCUCGCUGCAGGACCUCGCGCUCAAGCUCAAGGUCAUGAAGGUGCGCAUCGGCACGAGCAUCGAGGAUGCCCUGACCAAGGCGAUGGAUCCGCCUUCGUCCGUCAACAUCCAGCGCGCCAUCUCUGCGCUCGUCGAGGUCAAGGCGCUGACGACGAGCGAGGAGAUCACACCGCUCGGCCGGCAUCUGUCGCGUCUGCCGCUCGACGUGCACAUGGGCAAGUUCCUGCUCACUGCGGCGCUGAUGAAGGCCCUCGACCCAGCGCUCACCAUCGCCGCGACACUCAACUCCAAGUCGCCCUUCAUCACGCCGUUCGGCCGCGAGCAAGAGGCCGACCGUGCCAAGGCCAGCUUUGCAGCGGGCAACAGCGACUUUGUGACGUGUGCGCGAGCCUUCGAGGCGUGGCGACGCUCCAUCGACAACAACUUCGCCCGGCAAUUCUGCAGCAAGAACUUCUUGAGCCCGCAGAACCUGCAGCAGAUCGAGGAGCUGCGGCAGCAGUACCUCGGCUACCUCAUCGACUCGGGCUUCGUGCAGGUCGACGCGCAGACGAAGCAGGAUCUCGCGCGCGCUCGCUUCCGCAGUGGACGGUCUCGCGCGCCGCUGCAGCUGCCCGCCGAGCUCAGCAUCAACGCCAACUCGCUGGCCGUGCUCAACGCUGCGCUCUGCACUGGUCUCUACCCGAAGCUGCUGGCCAUUGAGCCUCGCUCAUUUCAGCUGCGCACGAUUGGCAACAACGCCCCGGCCAGCAUCCACCCGAGCUCGGUCAACUUCCGCAUGCGCUUUGCCGACCUGCCGCGCGGCUUCAACCACCUCGUCUACUUCACGAUCAUGCAGUCGCGCAAGCUAUAUGCGUGGGAGACGGGCGCUGUCGAUGACCGGGCUCUCAUUCUCAUGUGUGGCGAUGCGGACUUCAAGAUCACAUCGUCGAGCCUCUACAUCGAUCGGCAGCGCAUUCGCUUCGUCGUGUCCGACGCCAAGUCGCUGCUGGCGCUGCGUGUGCUGCGCGAGCAGCUGAGUCGUCUGAUCAACGCCAGCUUCCGCAGUCCCGGCAAGGCAUGGAGCGAGGAACAGGCGGCCUUCUUCGACCUCGCCGCCGAAGCGCUCGGCCGCGGCGCCAACGACCGCGAUCGCGUGCUGCAGGGUUGAGAUGCCUCGUCGCUGGACGACGAGCUCGCGAUGGCUCUCCUGCGUGUCUCCACCAUCGACGCUGGCCGCUCUGCCCAGCCAUCAUGCGACGCUUGCGGACUUGGCCGCCACACUGCGCACACGCCCCUCACUUAAUCACACUUUUCAUGGCCGGGCUUCGUCGGCUCGCCGCAUUGGCCCGCCUCUGUAUGAAGUCACGCGGCCCGAGCGCUCGCAUGGGAAUGUCGGGCUCGCACGACGGGUCAUGAGAAGAAAGCGAAAGCAGCGCAGCUGGCGAGGAUGUGCAGGGACAAUGCAUUCGCAAGCGGG